AUGUUGGAGAUCAGUUUUUUUUUUAAAAAUCGAUGUUGUGGUAAAUAGGGUUUUUACAGUAGUAUAAAAUCACGUGACCACCCAGAUGGAUGCAAGCGAAGAAAAAAAAAAUAUUACCUCUGCACUGGGACUGUCACAGCAAGUAGGAAGUCCCCGAGUUACGGGACCUAAGUUUAGCAGACGGCAGAUAGGAGAGAUAUUCUUUUCAUGCCAUGUCGUGGUGUGGUGAUUGACAGGCGCCUGGAAGGUUAUCUUUGCUUUAGUACCUGCAUGUCUCUCAAUGAUCAGGUGUUAGGUGUUGUUACAUUUCUGCUGGCCACCGCUGGUCGCUAUAUGCUGCGGGCCACUCUGUCACCACUGAGUUGGCCACUAUAAGCCAGAAGUAUUGGCCACAAUGGAUUUACUUAAUCUGCGAAGUAUUACCCAGACCAGCUAUGCUAAAGGACAUAGGCGUACUCCGAGUGACAUCGAGUUUAGGGAUGCCAUGCGGAAAGAUGCUCAGUUUGCUAUGAACAAAGAGCUCAACAAACUUCUUACGACUGCACCACCAGGUUUACAGGAGAAAACUCGCAAGGAGUUUGAUGGCUUUGAAAUACUAUUUGGAAGAUUUCUCCGAGAAUCAGGACCAUCUGUGGAAUGGGACAAACUAAAACUAUUGCCCCCAGAAGCUAUCCGCAAGUACAGCUCACUAGACACCCCAGACAAGAACAGUGUGAAGGAACUUCUGGGGAAGCUGGUUGUGAUAAAGUUGAAUGGAGGUCUGGGUACCAGCAUGGGCUGCACCGGUCCAAAGAGUGCAAUACAAGUACGCAAUGAGCUGACCUUCCUUGAUUUGAAUGUUCAACAAAUUGAGCACCUUAACAAAACUUAUGAUGUAGAUGUGCCUCUUGUCCUAAUGAACUCAUUCAAUACUGAUGAGGACACUCAAAAAAUCCUAAGGAAAUACAGUCAAAUCAAAGUCAGUAUUGUCACUUUUAACCAGAGCAGAUAUCCGAGAAUCAACAGAGAUACUCUUAUGCCAGUUCCGAGAAGUUUUGGGGAGGAAUCUAUUGAAGGGUGGUAUCCACCUGGACACGGUGACGUCUACAACUCCUUGUACAACUCUGGUCUCCUAGACAAGUUUAUCAACGAGGGCAAAAAGUACAUCUUUAUAUCCAACAUUGAUAACAUGGGAGCCACAGUGGACCUUAACAUCUUGGGUUUUCUCCUCAAUACUCCAGAACUUGAGGCACCAGAAUUUGUGAUGGAAGUUACAGACAAAACAAGAGCUGAUGUCAAGGGUGGUACGUUGAUUGAAUAUGAAGGAAAGCUCAGACUUUUAGAAUACGCCCAAGUUCCAUCUGACCACGUUGAUGAAUUCAAAAGUGUCAGUAAAUUCAAGAUCUUUAAUACCAAUAAUCUGUGGAUAAGUUUACCUGCUAUCAAGAGAAAUGUUGAAGAGGGAACAUUGCACAUGGAAAUCAUCGUCAACCCAAAGACAUUAGACAAUGGUAUGAAUGUUAUCCAGCUGGAAACUGCUGUUGGUGCUGCCAUUAAAAGCUUUGAGAGGGCUGUGGGUAUCAAUGUGCCACGUAGUCGUUUCUUGCCUGUCAAGACAACCUCUGAUCUUUUGAUAGUGAUGAGCAACUUGUAUGCCAUGAGGACAGGGGCCCUGGAAAUGUCACCCAAAAGGUCAUUUCCCAGUGUGCCUUUAGUCAAGCUUGGCCACCAGUUCUCAAAGGUGAAAGACUUCUUAAACCGUUUUGCCAGCAUUCCUGACUUGCUUGAACUAGAUCACCUGACAGUGGCAGGUGAUGUCAACUUUGGGAAAAAUGUCAGUCUCAGGGGCACUGUGAUCAUCAUAGCUAACCACGGUGAAAAAAUUGACAUUCCCAUGGGGUCUAUACUUGAGAACAAGAUUGUAUCUGGCAACCUCAGGAUCCUGGACCAUUAACCCUCUACGGAGAAGUCAGCAACAUUUAUGUCAUGCAUUGCCCAACACUAUCAUCACCAGAGUUAGAUUUCAUUAACCCUUACCAGGGCAGUAAAAUCAGCACGAGCCGUGUCAUGCCCUAGAUGAAGCCUCACCAGAGUUAGAUUCCCUGCUAAUUUGUGAGUCCACUUAGAGCAGUGGAGCUGGCUGCUGUGGGUUGUUUAGUUAGAUUAAAUUAUGACGACAACAGUAUUAUAGGCUGAGUGCUGUGUUUUUUUUCCCAUCAAUUAAUGUAAGUAAACAUUGUAGAAUGUUGUACACAAACUGGAUCAUCUUGAAACAAGCACAAACAUCAAGUAAACAUCAGCUUGUAAAAUAUUACAUAAUUUAUUGUUAAUUGACAUUAGUAUGUCUUAAUUAUUAUCUAGGUACGUGUUUACUUUUAAUUAAAUCGAUUCAUUCAAAUGUUAUCACUGAAAAAUUGUUUAAAUAUCACAUUCUUAAAUCAUAUGUAUUUUUGUUUAAGCCAUUGUAUAAAAAUGCAUCAAAAUAAAUCUUGUUUAUUAUGUGUAAAAUUAGCUAAUAGGAUAAAUUAAUUGAACUGAUGUUUCAGAAAUGCUUUCUAAUUUAGUGAUUGAUAUUUUGUUGUGUGGGCAGUAGGUUCAGUAAAUUAUGUUUGUAUAAUUCUACUUAUUGAAUCUGUUUUCUUACAGAACUCACAGGUUCCAUUUAUUUUAGUACCCAGAUAUAUUUACAUGUUAUCAAAUAACAAUUAUAACAAAAGAGGGAUUGUUGUUACCUCUGGAUUAAAAGAAAUUAACCAAAUGAAAUAUUUAUUCAUACUGUAUGAACCAAAGUUUUGGUCAAAUUUAUUUUUCUUGCUUUUCAAUCCCAUUUGAAAUAUUCUUUUUAGUUAUGGACUCGCUAAAUAAGAUUUAAGUUAACCAUGGUUUUGAAUUCAGUUUGACUGAAGACUAGUUAACCAUUUAUCUAUUUACAUUUUUUCUGUGAUAUUACUAGUGAGAUUUUUUUAGUUAACAGUGGGGUGGUUUUCCUAAUUUAAAAAUAUGGGGUAUCACAAAAUACUGGAUUUAAUUAUUUUUUUUUUUUUUUUUUUUUUUUUGCAUUUUUAUUUUUUCUGGUAUAAUUGCUUGUGGUGUAAAACAAUUAAAAUAAGUCGAUCAGGUUUCUGCAGUUUGCUUUCUUGACUUUCAUUUCUUUCUACUUGUUUGAGUUCUUAUUUGGUUUGCUGUAUAUCCAUCUAUAAUAUUUUUAUAAUUUACUUGUCCUUUUUUUUCAGGAUAGCUCUUUUAAAAAAUGUUUUGCCAUGUCAUUUAAAUUAACAAGCAUAAAAACAGACUUUAUAAUAUAUUGUUGAGUCCUCUCUGUGCAACUGGCACUUGAGAACUUUCAGGCAUGCAAUGCAUAUGAGAGGCUGUUCUCAGGUUCCCAUGUAUUAUUUUCUAUUGUACUCUGGCAGAAUUUUGUCCACUUAGCAUACUGUUCCCAGAAGACAAAUACAAAUGAAUACAUUAAAGCUUUGGGUCUGGAUUUUUUUAGCUUUUUUUUCCUGCUUUAUGUAGAACAAUCUUUUUGUGCAUGAAUCUCCAUUAGAGUUGAAUCACUUCACCCCUUCCCCUCAGUUUAUGUAAUCAACUUUUAAGUCAAGUGAUAGGUAAAUUUGAGAUGAUAAAGCAAGCAGAUCUGAACAAACUGGAAAACUACAUGUCAGGUUGUCUAAAGAAACUGCAUGCUUUGUCUGUUUGUUGUAUUUUGAGAAAAAAAAGCAAAUGACAUAGUAAAAUGUGUUUAAUACAUGUAAAUAUGUCAUUGUUGUGUAAAUGACACACAGAUGCAUAUAUAUACAGAUACUAGUAUUUUAAAGUAAUAAAAAUAUCGAAACUCA